AUGGCGACGUCCUUAGACGAUGAUGUCGAGCCGAAUAACCAGGAUUAUUACUCCUUGCUGAACGUGAGGAGAGAGGCGACUCUGGAGGAGCUGAAGGCCUCAUACCGCAGACUGUGCAUGCUCUAUCACCCUGACAAACACAGAGACUUAGAUCUGAAGAGGCAAGCAGAGCAGCUCUUCAACCAGCUGCAGCAGGCCUUCACAGUCCUGAGUGACGACCACGCCAGGGCCAUUUACGACAUCUAUGGGAAGAAAGGUCUGGAAGUGGAAGGAUGGGAGGUUGUGGAAAGAAAAAGGACCCCCGCGGAAAUCAGGGAAGAGUACGAAAGACUCCAGAGAGAGAGGGAGGAGAGGCGGCUGCAGCAGAGGACCAACCCUAAGGGCACCAUCAGUGUGGGGGUGGACGCCACAGACCUGUUCGACAAAUACGAUGAUGAAGACUUUGAGGAAACUCCAAGCGGCGGGUUCCCCCAUAUUGAGAUCAACAAGAUGCACAUCUCACAGUCGAUAGAGGCUCCUCUGACAAACGCAGACACGGCCGUCCUCUCCGGGUCUCUGUCCACCCACAACGGAACCGGAGGAGGAAACAUCAACAUGACAGUGCGCCGAGUGACCUCAGCGCGCGGCUGGGGAGAGAUGGAGUUUGGGGCUGGAGACGUCCUCGGGCCUCUCAUAGGUUUAAAAAUAUUUAGAAACAUCACUCAAAGAUGUUGGCUGACGGCUCAGUCCGGGCUGCAGUUCUCUCCUCGCGGCCUCAGACCCUCGUGUUCUCUGAUGACGGCGCGGCACCUGGACAGUAACACCAUGGGGUACCUGCAGUGGCGCUGGGGCCCGAACAGCGCCAUGACCACCAGCAUCGUGCGAGACACCAAGUCCACGCACCUCACCGUGGCUCUGCAGCUGGGCCUGCCUCACUCCUCUUACCUGAUGUUCAGUUAUCAGUACAAGUUCCAGGACGAAGACCAGACCAAAGUCAAAGGCUCGUUCAAGACCGGUUGGUUCGGGACGGUGGUGGAGUACGGAGCUGAGAGGAAGAUCAGUCGACACAGUGUUUUAUCGGCAACUGUCAGCGUCGGAGUUCCACAAGGAGUCACCCUGAAACUCAAGUUGUCGCGGGCCUCUCAGACCUUCCUGUUCCCAGUGCACCUCACAGACCAGCUCCUGCCCUCAGCCGUGUUCUACGCCACAGUGGGACCUCUGCUCUUCUACCUCGCCGUGCACCGACUCGUCAUCGUCCCCGUCACACAGGCACAGAAGGAACAAGACUUGGAGCUACAGAGGAUAAACUCGGCCACUGACAUUGCCAAAAAGAAGCUGGAGGCAGAGUCCGCCGUUUUGCUGAUGCAGGAGUCUGUGAAGAGGAUCAUCGACUCGGAGGAGUCCAAGAUGGAUCCAUUCUGGUGCAUAGCGAUGGUGAAAUAG